AUCACACACACACACACACAAUUUCUUUCGAAAAUUCCCACUCUCUUUCUCCUUUCCUCUCCCCUCCCCUUGUUCACCGACUUCACUCCAACAGACAAUUUUCCCGGACUUCCUUUUUCUUACUCCUAUUCAGCUUUUCUUUAAGUUUAGUUAUAGUUAUUUUCAAUGGACUUGUUCUCUCUUUUCUCUUUUCUCUUUUUUGAUGCAAGCCAGGAACUAGAAUAGAUGUUCUACCUUUUCUCUUUGCGCCAUAUUCACAAACACUUGGUGUGCACUUCUUUUCUUCAAUCAUAUUUACAACAUUCACACCUUUUCUUUCCACAUUUUCAGCUAAUUCUACUACCUUUUGUUUCCACUUUUUCUUUAAUCUUCAUACCCUUUUCUUCUUCAUCAUCAAAUUUCUUACUCCCAACAAAAUCUUCAUUUAAUUUGACUGGAUUCUGGUUUUUUUCUUCAAUUUUUGCAUAAUCCGGGGAAUCAUUUUCUUGAUCACAGGAAAUAAAUAAGAAACAAUAGGUUGCUAGCACGUUAUCUCGGUGAAUAUUCUCACUGUCCCACUUGUGUUGUGUAGUCGUAUUUUAAUCUCUAGUGUACUCCACUCGUUAGUACGGACUGCGUAUCAAAUAGUCUAACUUUUUCUUUUUCUUUUCUGGAAAAUAAUAAAUUCCCAAUUUUCAAUCAAUAGCUGACAUUUUUUCGACACUACAACAUUAAAAGCCGAGAAAAUUAAUUAAUUUGGUGAUAGCAUCUGGGCAAAACAAUGGCAGCAGUAGCUGGUCUGUACAGAAGGGCGCUUCCGUCGCCCCCUGCAAUCGAAUUUGCUUCUCCAGAAGGCAAGAAAAUAUUUUCCGAAGCUCUUUGUGAUGGAAACAUGGAAGGCUUUUUUAAGUUGGUCUCGUAUUACCAGACUCAGUCAGAACCUGCAUACUGUGGGCUGGCUACACUUGCUGUGGUCUUGAAUGCCCUAGCAAUUGAUCCUGGAAGAAAGUGGAAAGGCCCAUGGAGAUGGUUUGAUGAUUCAAUGUUGGACUGUUGUGAGCCUCUCGAGAAGGUUAAGGUUAGCGGUAUCUCAUUUAGCAAAGUUGCAUGCUUGGCCCAUUGCAAUGGAGCAGAAGUUGACACAUUCCGUACAAAUGAAAGCACUGUUGGCAACUUUCGGAACUAUGUGAUCUCAUGUACUUCUUCUGAAAAUUGUCAUAUGAUCGUCUCAUACCACAGAGGAUCUCUGAAGCAGACAGGAGGUGGUCAUUUUUCUCCAAUUGGAGGUUAUCAUGCUGGAAAGGAUAUGGUUCUGAUUUUGGAUGUUGCUCGUUUUAAGUACCCUCCUCAUUGGGUACCCCUCACAUUUUUGUGGGAUGCAAUGAACACUAUUGAUAAAGAUACUGGUCUUUAUAGGGGGUUCAUGCUUCUGUCAAGGUUUCAGACGGCAUCAUCAAUUCUUUAUACUCUGAGUUGUCGUAAUGAUGGCUGGGAUACUACUGCUAAGUACUUGAGUAAACAACUUCCACAACUUCUAUCUUCUGAAGAAAUUCAUAACAUUCAAGAUAUGCUAUCUGUUAUCGUGACAUCAGCUCCUACAAAUCUGAGUGAUUUCAUCAAUUGGGUUGCUGAAGUUCGAAAACAGGAGAAUGGGAGUAAACUUGUUACUGAAGAGGAACGGGGAAGGUUGGUUACCAAGGAAGAGGUGCUGAAUCAAGUACGAGAGACUGAACUGUAUAAACAUUUAUCUGGAUCAUCUUACAUGCGCAAUGCAAUCUUGGAUCGUCACCAUUCUUUAGAUACAAUUGCUUCUGAAGUGUGCUGCCAAGGUGCUCAACUUUUGUGCGGUAAGGUUGGCUCUUGCAAUGAAAUCAGUUUGAAAACAACACAGUUGAGAUCCUCAGACUGUGACAAUGUUGAGUCUGUCACGGUAGUAUCCGCUAAAGUUACUGCAGAAGAUGCUGUUUGUGGAACAGAAAUGCUGGUCCCAAGCUGCCCAAGGAAGUCUGGCAGUCCGUGUGAGUGUGGUUCAGAUACUUCUAAUAGGGAACAUCCGUCGGUGGUUGAUGGUCUAACCGUACUAAUAUUGGCCCUACCUCCUGAUACAUGGUCUUGUCUUAAAGAUGCAAAGUUGCUAGAAAAUUUUUGUGGUAUAAUAUCCUCUAAUAAUCUUCCGGACUUGCUCCAACAGGAGAUACUGCAUUUGCGAAAGCAGCUGUAUUUCCUUGUGGCUGAUGUCUGCUGUUCUUCGGCAUGCUAAGAUAAAUUGGUAGGAAAGUACGAUUAGCAGUUCCGGAAAAGAAAGUUGAGGAACUUUCGGCCCGUUUGGUAGCUGGUGAUAAAUGGUGGGAAUGAGAAUAAAUCUAAGUGUUAUUUGGCAAGAAAAAAAAUAUCAUGAUGCCCAUGGUAAUGAAAUUUUGUAUCAAACUUAAAUGUUUUUCUUUAUAAAUUUGCAUUCCCGCCUAAUACCACUCUCCAAAUGGUAAUAGAAAUUUAUAAACAAAAAGAGAUAAUUUUGAGUGAA